CUGGAGAUCCGUUUUAUAUGACCUCCUUUGUUAUAACAUUAAAACGCACUGAAAUAGAAACGCAAUUCUUUGUUUCGGGAAAGCAAAGAACGUCGUGACAAGCUGCCUUUAACCACAACUUGUCUACAAUAAGCAAAGAUGGAGCAAAUAGGCGCGGUGUUAUGAUGUGAUAAAUGGCACGUUUGCAUGCGAGGAGUAUUGCCAUUACUUGUUCUGCUCUUUUAUUAAUCUAUUCAAGCAUACUCGUGAUACGGCAUUUCCUUACCGAAAAUACACAAGCGUCAAUGCAUGGAUCAGAAUUACAUGCAACAGCCAUAGUUAACGAAAAUGGCAACAUGAACCGAUGCCCAGUCAACUCGUCAUUUCUUCAUGGAAGACGCAUUGUCAACACCAUCGAUACAUCUUUUCCAUUUAAUUUAUCCAUGCAAUAUGGUGGGGAAGUUGAAAUUGGUGGCUCUUGGCGUCCAAAGGAUUGUGUAGGGAAAAAGGUUGCCUUUUUGAUACCGUUUCGAAAUAGGAAUAAGCAGCUGAACGUUUUCUUGCGAACAAUGCAUCCAGUAUUUCAGAGGCAGUUGAUCGAUUACAGGAUAUUUGUGGUUGAACAGGCUGGGAAAGAAAAGUUCAACAAAGGUGCUAUUUACAAUAUUGGGUUCAAUGCAAGUUUGGCAUUUAAUGAGUAUGACUGCCAUGUUUUCCACGAUGUUGAUCUUCUCAGUGAGGAUGACCGAAAUUACUAUGGCUGUCCUGCCUCACCGAUGCAUCUGUCCGUUGGCGUUGACAAAUUUAAUUACAAGCUACCUUAUCACUUUCUCGUUGGCGGGAUACAGUUAUUUACAAAAGAGCACUAUCAACUCAUAAAUGGAUAUUCAAAUAAAUUUUGGGGAUGGGGCGGUGAAGAUGAUAAUCUCUUUUUAAGGAUGAGAACGAUAGGUAUGAAAAUGAUCAGACCAUCAGUAGAUAUUGCAAGGUAUAAAAUGAACCAAGAGCAUCAUUUCAGAAGUGACACGAUGAAUCGAGAAAACUAUAAUAUGAUAUACAAGGAACAGCCAAAGCAAGAUGGCGACGGCUUGGACGGCAUAAACACGUUAACAUUCACCGUAGAAGUUCGCGAGACGCUGCUAUUCACUUUAAUAAAAAUAGACUUGAAGAGAAAGUAGAGAUGUUAAUAGCGUUUUACAGUAGAGACGACGAUGUCUUAAGAUACGUAGAGACGAGAAAGUAGAGACGACAAUGUCUUACGAUACGUAGUAGAACGAUACGAAACAGAGCUGUGUAUUUAGGGCCUACAGAGACGACAGGGUCUAACAAGCUAUUGGUGGUACAAACUUGGCUUUGAAAAAAGCAAUAAUUUGAGUAAACUCUCAUAUUGCCGAAAAAAAGUCUUAUUCUCCCUCGUCUUUUAACCUCUUUGAUAUUUCUGCCAUUUCUCUUCAUCCACCCCCGGUAUAACCUCGAUUUCAUAGCUAUCUCGUUUUCAUAUAAUGCUAAUUGUUUUAACUACAUAUAUUCAUAUAAUUACAUAUAAUGUUUUUAACGUGUAAAUAUGGCUUUGAAAAAAACAAACAUUUAGUAAACUGAAGCUUUUCGUCUGACACUCUUCAGAGUUUAAAACGUCAGAACAUAGAUCGAAAACUCUACGCUAGGAAAUAUA